UGCGUACUUCCGGCUGCCGGGUUGACAUGAAGAAACAGCGGAGGCUAGGGCGGCGGUAGCGGCGAGAGUCGCGGCUUGCAGCGGGACUAAGUGCGGAGAGCGCGACGCGGCCUAGAGCGGCAGAAGGCACAGUGGGCCGAGGAGGAGGCGCAGCAGCCCCCCUGGCCCGCCAUGGAGAUGGAAAAGGAGUUCGAGCAGAUCGACAAGGCUGGGAGCUGGGCGGCCAUUUACCAGGAUAUCCGACACGAAGCCAGUGACUUCCCAUGUAGAGUGGCCAAGCUUCCUAAGAACAAAAACCGAAACAGGUACAGAGAUGUCAGUCCCUUUGACCAUAGUCGGAUUAAACUUCAUCAAGAAGAUAACGACUAUAUCAAUGCUAGUUUGAUAAAAAUGGAAGAAGCCCAAAGGAGUUACAUUCUCACGCAGGGCCCUUUGCCCAAUACCUGCGGUCACUUUUGGGAGAUGGUGUGGGAGCAGAAAAGCAGGGGCGUUGUCAUGCUCAACAGAGUGAUGGAGAAAGGCUCGUUAAAAUGUGCACAGUACUGGCCACAAAAAGAAGAAGAAGAAAUGAUCUUUGAAGACACAAAUUUGAAAUUGACAUUGAUCUCUGAAGAUAUUAAGUCAUAUUACACAGUACGACAACUAGAAUUGGAAAACCUCACAUCUCAAGAAACUCGAGAGAUCUUACAUUUCCAUUAUACCACGUGGCCUGACUUUGGAGUCCCUGAAUCUCCAGCCUCGUUUCUGAACUUUCUUUUCAAAGUCCGCGAGUCGGGGUCGCUCAGCAUGGAGUACGGCCCCAUUGUGGUGCACUGCAGCGCUGGCAUCGGCAGGUCGGGGACCUUCUGUCUGGCUGACACCUGCCUCUUGCUGAUGGAUAAAAGGAAAGACCCUUCUUCUGUUGAUAUCAAGAAAGUUCUGUUAGAAAUGCGGAAAUUUCGGAUGGGACUGAUCCAGACAGCAGACCAGCUCCGUUUCUCCUACCUGGCUGUGAUCGAAGGCGCCAAGUUCAUCAUGGGAGACUCUUCAGUACAGGAACAAUGGAAAGAGCUCUCCCACGAGGACCUGGAGCCUCCACCCGAGCACAUCCCCCCACCUCCCCGGCCUCCCAAACGAAUCCUGGAGCCACACAAUGGGAAGUGCAAGGAGUUCUUCGCAAACCACCAGUGGGUGACAGCUGAGACUGAGGAGGUUAAAGAAGACGGCGCCGUCAAGGAAGAAACCAGAACCCUCUUAAACGCCCCCUGCAGCCUGGAAAGUGCGAGUCAAGACACUGAAGUCAGGAGGCGGGUCGCGGGGGCAGGUCCUGCCCAGGGGGAGCCAUCGCCACCCAAGGAGGAGCAGGACCAGGCGCCGACUCACUGGAAGCCCUUCCUGGUCAACGUGUGCGUGGCCACGGUCCUCACAGCCGGCGCGUACCUCUGCUACAGGUUCCUGCUUGACAGCCACACACAAUCUGACCCGCCUCCACCCAUGGUCCGCCCCUGCCCAUAGAACGGCGCCGAGGGCCGUCGGACAGCGUAGCCCUCCGCGCCCCGACGGACGCCGGUUCCGCACUAAAGCCCCCUCCCCGGGCGGUUGGCCUCACCUCCAUCCUGCUACUUUUCUCCCCCUCGCCUUCCCCUGAAUACCAGACCCACAACCCAUUUUUUGAGGAGGGCACAGAGGGCGCUGGGCUGGUGGCGCAGAGCAAGACGGCCUGUGCGGGUGGAGGGGCGAGCCUCGCGUGGUGCCCCCUUGCCGCGUCCCUGGCAGGCGGCAAGCGACAUCCUUCCCGCGGCCCUCCCUGGAGACGGCAUGUAGUGGGCCUCUCCACUCCAUAUUUAUUUUUUAAUUCUUUUCUCCUGAAGGCAUCCACAGUGCACUAGCAUCUUCAUAAACCAAUAAUGUAUUAACGUUUUUUGAUGUCAGCCUUGCACCAAGGGCUUGAUCAAAAAGUACAAUAAUAAACCCUCAGGUGGCGCUGGGAAUGGAGGACUUUGCUGUGAGCCUGCUGCGUCAGACCAGUACUAGGAAGGAGGACGGUUGUAAGCAGUCGUGAUUUCAUUGGGUAACACGAGAAGAGGUUUGCCUGUGUUUAUAGAACAAGGGGAUAAUAUAUAAUGAACACUUGGCUAUUUAAGACACAUGGCGUGAGAUUACUUUGUCCCGGUUCCUCCCCUCCCCAGUUGUCUGCUCGAACCUCAGUCUCAGUCACCACUCUCCCUGUGUGUAUUAGAAUGCAUGUACGGUCUUCUUGUGUCCCGAUCAAAUACCACGUGCUUGAAAUCCUUAGAUCUCUGCUUACUGAUGCGCUCCGUGUACAAGUCCAGUCUACCUUUGCAUGAGCUGAGCAUUACGUGGCUCUGGUUCCUAAGACCGUUGCUGAAAUAAUUGCCAUUCGGCAGCGGAGCGAUGUCCAGUAACAGAUAUUUGCCUAAUUCCUGGCAUGACACUCUGGUGACUUCCUAGUGAGGCCCAGCAUGUCCUGGUCCAGCUGGGCCCCACUGUAACUCAGACAUUCCAAGGGUACGGGAAGCCAUAGUCACACCUCGCGCUCUGGACCUUUAGACAAGCAGGGUCCCCCACGACACACACACCUUUGGGAUCAGCCUCCACUGUGCCAAGUUCACACUCUUCUUGAGCGGACCGUGAUCUGGAACCAAGGCAACUGUUGGAAACCACACUUCUUGAAACAGCCUGGACGACGGUCCCUUCAAGCCAGCCUGUGGCCCUUCAGGUCUGGGGGCCUUGCUGAGAGAAGGCGUCUGCCCUGCCCUUGAACCCUGGGGACUGAUGGUGCUCACGACUCUUCCUGCGAGGGGAACUUAAGACCUCCACGUUAAGUGGCUUUUUUAACAAGAAAAAAAAAAAGGCAGCUAUAGCUCACGGGCUGCUCUUUUGCCAGCAUUUUCACAUUUUGCCUUUCACGUGUUAGAAGCUCGUGCAGAGAAAUUCUGUGGUGGGAACAUUUGAGGCAUCGCCCCGCAGAGCCUUGGUGAGGUGUGGAUAAGACUGAGGUGCCAGGCUGUAAGCGUUUUUGAGUUGGGCUUGUUUGUCUGUUAUUUUAAGUCCUGUAUAUGUAUGUAGUAGUUUGGCGUGUAUAUAUAGUAGCAUUUCAAAAUGGAUAUACUGGUUUAACUGCCUAUCCUUGGAAAACAGAUGGUUCUCCAUCUUGUCACACGUAUGUUAGAGAAGUGGCGAGCUGCUCUGCUCUAUGCCUUAAGCCAAUAUUUACUCAUCAGGUCGUUAUUUUUUACGACGGCCAUAGAAUAAACCAUUUUUACAAAAAUAAAAACAAACAAAAAAAGCGAGGUGUUUUGGUAUGAUACCUUUUCAGGUGUGUGUAUACGUGGAUGCAUGAUGGGGGGGCGGGGGGCGCGUCUCAGGGUCUUCUGUGACCUCACAGAACUGUCAAACUGUACAGUUUUCCAACUUGCCAUAUAAAUGAUGGGUUUGCAUUUUAGUUGGAACAAUAAAAAGUUUUUUCUAAA